AUGACCAAACUGUUCAAACCGGCGCCGGCGUUGACGUUGGCCGACAUCAACCCGUACUCCGUCGAGACCCAGUACGCUGUUCGGGGUGAGAUCGCCAACUUGGCCGACGAGUUGGCCAAGCAGUUGAAGCAGGGCCAGAAGCUCCCCUUUGACCACAUUGUCAACGCCAACAUCGGCAACCCGCAACAGCUUAAGCAGAAGCCGUUGACGUGGUACCGCCAAGUGUUGCUGAUUUUGCAGUACCCUGACCUUGCUACCAAAGCCCGCGACGUCUACCCGGCUGACGUCAUUGACCGGGCGCAGACUUUCUUGAAUGCGGUGGGCUCGGUGGGGGCCUACUCUCACUCCAAGGGGGCGCCCGUGUUCAGAGAACUGAUCGCCAAGGCGAUUGCUGAGCGCGAUGGCUUCCCCUCCGACCCCGAACACAUUUACCUCACCGGGGGCGCCUCGGCCGCCGUCACCUACUUGUUGACGGUGCUCAACCAGAACGAAAAGCUGGGGUUCUUAAUCCCCAUCCCCCAGUACCCGUUGUACACUGCCACCAUUGCCUUAGGUAACGCCGUCGCCGUCGGUUACUACCUUGACGAAGCCAAGAACUGGCGUACCGACCCCGCUGAGAUCAGAGCCGUGAUUGCUGAUAACAAACUGAAGGGCGUCGACUUGAAGGCCUUAGUCAUCAUCAACCCCGGUAACCCCACUGGUGCCAUUUUGAAGGAAGACGACAUUGCUGAACUCAUUGACAUCGCUGCCGAACACGGGCUCGUGUUGAUUGCCGACGAAGUGUACCAAUGCAACGUGUUCCACGGCGAGUUUGUCUCGGUGAAGAAGGUGUUGUGCCAAUUGAAGGAGCAAAACCCUGAGCUUUACAACAACGUGCAAUUGGCGUCGUUGCACUCGACCUCUAAAGGUGUGUCGGGUGAGUGUGGUCAGCGUGGUGGGUACAUGGAACUUGUUGGUUUCACCCCCGAAGUGGAAGCGGUGAUCUAUAAAUUGGCGUCGAUCAACUUGUGCUCGGUGGUGUCGGGGCAGGCGUUGGUAGAAUUGAUGGUGAACCCGCCUAAGCCGGGGCUGCCGUCGUAUGAUACUUAUCAGCAAGAAUCGAACCAGAUCGCCUCCGACUUGCGGGAGCGCGCCGACAGAUUGUACGAUGCCUUUGAGCAGAUGGAGGACGUCGAGUCGCAACGGCCUGAAGGGGCGAUGUACUUGUUCCCCAAGUUGAACUUUACUAGAGAACACUACCCGGCGUUGUUUGACGAAGCCGCCGGCAAGAACAAGCAGGUCGACGACGUGUACGCGUUGGAGUUGUUGAAGAACACCGGGAUCUGCUGUGUCCCCGGUAACGGGUUUGGCCAGGUCGAGGGCACCUACCACCUCAGAACGACGUUCUUGGCGCCGGGCACCGAGUGGAUCGACAAGUGGGCCCAGUUCCACAAGCAAUUUGUCGCCCAGUGGAAGAAGGCGUGA